AUGUUCCGCAAGAACUCGACCAAAAAGGCUAAGCCGGCGUCAGACGCCGCCGCCGCCUCGGCACCCUCGAGUAACAGCGGCAUACCGGUGCCCGCCCGCCUCGCCUUUCCCGCGAGCAGAUCCCGGCCCAGCUCCAUGGUCGACACCGGUGCCGGCUUCGACGCAUCGGUGGAGGCGGCACUCUCCUCUUCGGCCUCAUCGUCCAUCCAGUCCUUUGGCACCAGCACCUCGCCGUCCCAGAAGCAUUCCCUCUCGGCCAUCGAGAGGCUCGCCUCGGCGCAGAAGAAGGACGCUGCCGCCUCAUCCUCGUCGUCGCACGUCAGGGUGAGGACCUCGAGCAACACAUCGCGAUCCAGCGUCAAGCUCGAGGGCUCCGAGGGCAGCCGCUCGCGCAAGUCGUCGAUCCCCACCCUGAUCAAGGUCGCCGCCGUGCAGUCGCCGUCCAAGCCAUCGACAUCAGUCACCACGACGGUCGAGAGCAGCCAGCCGGCAGGCUCCUCGGAUAUGCAGAGAUCAUCCAGCAGAUCGUCUGUCGUCAGCGCCCGGACCGCCACCUCGGAAUCAGCCGCCGGCCUCUUGGCGCAGCUCGGCACGGGCGAGUCCAGCCCCAAGAAGGUCCACAGCGGAGCGACGUCGGCAAGGCAAGGUCCCAAGCCAUCCGCAGCACAAGACCCGGUGACGCAGCCCGAGACAACGAAGCCCAAGCCCAACGCUUCUGCCGCAGACUCGUCGCCGUCUCAACAACGAACCGCUGGCCUCCCCUCGGCCUCGACCUCGACCUCGACCUCGUCGGUGCUCAAGAAGCCCGCCCCGCCGCCUCUCGUUGCGCUGCUCGCCGAUGCCCAGACAUCAAAGCUGAUCAAGCAAGGUGCCGAGGCCAAGGUCUACAUCUCGCAGCUCAUGACCGACUCAGUGCUGACGUGGCCGCCUCCGCCGGCGUCCUCGCGCGCGGCGGCACAGACGCUGCCUGUCCGACUGCCGAUCCUGCUCAAGUGGCGCUUCCCAAAGACGUACCGCCAUCCCACCCUGUCUGACAACAUCACUGCCUCCAGGACCAUCAUGGAGGCGCGGGCGCUGCUGAGGUGCGCCAAGGCGGGGGUCGCGGUACCCGGUGUCCGCUGCGUUGACGAGAAGGAGGGCAUCCUCGGACUCGAGCUGAUCGCCGGCAAGAGCGUUCGCGAGUGGCUCGGCGGCGGUGCUGAGGGGGAGGAUGAGGAGCUGGUCGACGGCGAUGAUGACGAGGCGACCGCCGAGGAGGAGGAUGAAGAGGUGCUGUCGCACGAAGACCAGGUCAAACUGAUGCAGCUCAUCGGCCGGCAGCUGGCCACGAUGCACGAGGCGGACAUCGUCCACGGCGACCUCACCACCAGCAACAUGAUGCUCCGAUCCCGCGCUUCGGGCGGCGCUGGCGGCAAGACGGUGAUCGACCUGGCACGCGACGAAGUCGUGCUCAUCGACUUUGGGCUCUCUUCGGUCUCGGCGUUUCCUGAGGACAAGGCGGUCGACCUCUACGUCUUGGAGAGGGCAUUUGCAUCGACCCACCCGGCCUCCGAGGACCUGUUUAAGACGGUGCUCGACAGCUAUGCCGAGGAGGUCACCCGCAGGUCGUCGUCGCGCAAGGGCGGCAAGGGCAAGCCGAAUCGAUGGGACGAGGUCCGGAAGCGUCUCGAGGAGGUCCGGCUGCGUGGACGCAAGAGGUCGAUGGUAGGGUUCCGAGAACUGGUCGAGGACUAUCGGACGACGCGAUUCACGUUCGCGCUGGAGCUAUCGCUUACGGUGGAGGCGAAAGGCCUCAAACAGCUGCUCGCGGCGCUUUCGGGGCUGGGAAGAGGAGGACGCAGUGGUCCUCAUCACGAGGGAAGGCAGCUUGCGAGCGGCGGGGCAAAGUCGGGCGGGCGCUGGGACAAGGUCCGAUCGCAGCUCGACGUCGAGAUGCACGACGUGGGAGAGCUCCAGCUCAUCGACAGCGAGUCGGUCACAGAGCGAUCGUCGACGAUGCGGCGACGUCAGACUGGCAGCGUCAACGUCGACGGCGAGGACGACACGAAGGACGGAUCGGACGGCGGAGCGGACAACCGCAGCUUCCUCGUGGCCAUCGUCCGUCGGAGGGUCGAUGCGUGGGUCCCACCGCGACUGCACUCGCUCCUGCCCGAAGCCCUCACCCCGGUCGCACGAGCCCACAACGGCGGCACAUCGCUGCUGGUCUCUGGCACCACCAUCACCCUCAGAGGUGCUUCGAGGCUCGUGGGGUGGGGUAUCGGAUCGCUAGCCGAAAAGGCGUCCGGCCUUGCACUCUGGAUCGACGACAGGUGGCGCUCCCCCGGUCAUCCCGCCGCCGGCAAGCUGAAGACAUCCUAG